GUGGAGCCGCUAUCCCCAGAUGUAAUGGAGGUAGUGAGGUAUUAUCUGAAGAAGAUGCAGGCCGGAAGAAAUCCCAUUGACAAAUUGGACUACUUCCUAAACGCAAUCACUGUCGUUGUCAAAUCUGCAAUUUCGAGUGAAACGCUUGAACCAGCCGCCAUCUAUACUGACCAACUGGUGCCUCUGCUAGUGUGGAUGCUGGUGCACUGUGGCGUGAUGACCGCCGAAAUGGAGGUUCACUUCAUCCAGAGUCUGGUGCAUCCAUGUUUUGUGGCCGGCGAGGCCAACUUCUACCUCAAGUCGCUGCACAAGGCGGUUGACGUCAUCAAGCAUCCACAGCACCUGCUUGAGAACUACAAGACCAGGCCGAAACAUGUGUGGCGCACAGGCAGUGGUUACUUCGACCCCAGCAAAGAGCUGAAGGUGAUAGUGCCGGACCCCGCGACAGGGGUGCCCUACUCAGCCACCCUCAUCAAGCACAGUCCUCACAUCACCGCUUCAGCCAUCUGCAACACCAUGGCGAGGAAACUCAGGAUGGGCAAUCCAGAGCUGUGUUCUUUGUACAAACUAGUCAAUGGUGAAGUCACUCUUCUUGAGAGCGACGCGAAGGUUGUGGAUCUUCUCAAAGAAGAAUAUGACAAAGGAAAUAUAUGCUACUUUGUCUACAUGUACGAGCAUGGACAGAUUACAUGGCCUCUCAACUCAAAACCGUUAUAAAGAAGUGAUAUUCUUCUCCUUGUACAUAAAAUAAAUUAUCCAUUCAUAAUGUAUGAAUUAGAAUUUAGAAAUAAUUUACUUUCAUUUUAUUCCUGUGUACAACACUUCUUGUUUGACAGAAUCAAUGUAUUUGUUUCUUAUUCAACUAUUUUAUUAACUGUUGUUCAUAGCAGUUUGUCUCAAUAUAGCUUGAUUUGCACAGUCAUUUCGUUCAA